AUGCCUGUAGACCAGGCCGCAUUCUCGGCGGCGGGAGGCGACGGAGGCGCGCCAGCGCCCUUCCUCUCUGUCGAUCCCUCCAACACGCUUUUGAUUUUUUCACUGGGCGUCGCGGUCGGCCUCUUUUCAGAGAUCCUCAGCUACUUCUUCAUCUACCGGCACGAAGAAUUCUACAGACUGCAAGAAGAGUGCAAGAAACUCUACAGAGAACUCGACGCCUUGGAGGUCGUUUGCGGCAGCGACGCGACGGGCAAGCGAUCGGGGCGCGGGAGCAAAGCUGCUGAGCAAGUCGAGAAGAAAAUUCAAAGGAAAACAAAGCAAAUGGCGUCGUAUCGUCAGAAGGGCAACUUGAUGGUCGGGUUACUGCUGAUGGUGUCAAUGCCGCUUGUCUACGCGUCCUUCGAUGAGCGCCCUGCGGCGUACCUGCCCUUCCAGCCCAUCUUCCCCUUCUCCAUGGUUCUCCGCUACUCCGCGCCCGCCGCGCCUGGAGGCGCGGCCGCGGCCGCCACCGAGAGCCCCGCGGGCCUCCCGGCGGGGACCUCGCUCUGCGCCGCCGCGGGCUUCUUCAUGCUCACCAUGAUGUCGACGCGCAUGUCUCUGCAAAAGAUGUUUGGGUACGGGACGCGGCGCGGAGUCGCGAAAAUGUAG